AAUGACAAAAUUAUUAUGCACGUGUAUGCUGUGUGCACUGUACGAUGUUAUUCUGGUUUCUAUGCAUUGUAAUUACUAAUUUGUACUAAUUUUCUAAGUACUUUAAAUCUGGUACUUAUUGUUGUUUGAAAUUUACACUAAAAUAAUAGUCUGUCUUAUUAAUAAUAUUCAUGUAUGUACAACUUCCAAGUAGGACUGUAUAAAUUGACAAUUUUUUAAGUUAUAUUUAUAAUUAUGGAGGAAAGUUCUACGGUCGUUGCUUCUCAGCAAUCAUCAGACUUCACUUUGGUUGAUAAUUGUGCAUUUAAAAAAAAUAAAAAGGUAAAACGGGUAUUGCCGCAAUGGCUUGCAAAACCUACUGUUAUAUCAGUGGAUUUAAAGAACUUGGAAUUUGGAUUUGACAGUAUUCCAGAAUUGGAUAUUGCUUUAGUAAAAAAAUUACGCAAUAAAGGAUUUACACAUUUCUUUCCUGUUCAAGCACAGCUAGUACCUUGGUUAAUCAAAUCACAAAAAAAUUGGAACAACAGAUGGAGCAGAGAUGUAUGCAUUUCGGCACCAACAGGCAGCGGGAAAACAUUGUCAUAUGUACUACCUAUAAUUCAGACAUUAAAAAUGUUAACUACGCAUCAACUUCGUGCACUUAUUGUUUUGCCAACAAAAAAUUUAGCUAUACAAGUGUACAAAGUAUUUUCUUAUUUCAUAAAAAAUACUUGUAACCUGAAAGUAAUUCUUCUAGAGUCAAAAAAUUUAACAUUAGAAAAAGAAAAAGAAAAACUUAUUACAUACGACACUAAACAUGGUUGGAUAAGUCUAGUAGAUAUUGUAGUUACAACACCUGGACGACUAGUUGAUCAUCUAAUUUACAGCGAAGGAUUCUCUUUAAAAUAUCUUCGUUUUUUAAUUUUGGACGAAGCUGAUAGUUUUACAAACGUUUUACAAAAUGACUGGCUUCAUCUGGUCAAUGAUAGUUUAGAAUACUGCGGUCCUCCCAUAUGUACAUUGAGUACAUUAAAAAAAUCACCACACAGAGCACAACGGUUGUUGUUUUCAGCAACUCUUACACAAGAUCCGGAGAAGUUAAAGUUUCUUAAACUUUUUGACCCUAAACUCUUUACUUCAAUAGUCAAGAGAAAAACAAAUGAUGUUUUACCAGAUUCAAACAACGAAGAACCUGUUCGAGGUGACUUUGUUGGAAAAUACACUACUCCUAAAGAGUUGAAAGAAUACAUGGUGAUUUGCCCAGAAGAAAACAAACCAUUAACGUUAUACCAUUUAAUUAGAACUAAAUCGCUUAAAAGAGUGAUUUGCUUCGUGAAGUCAAAAAUCGAAGUGCAUCGUUUGACACGACUUCUAUGUGGAAUAAGCAAAUACGAUACAGACAAUCAGCCAUUACGAGUAAAUGAAAUAUCAGCCGACGUGUCCCGUAAAGUACAAACAGAUUAUAUACAACAAUUUUCUCAAGGAAAAAUUGAUGUAUUAAUUUGUACCGAUUCACUUGCAAGAGGUAUUGAUAUUGAACGUAUUUCUUGUGUAGUACUUUAUAAUGUACCAAAGUACCCUAAGAAUUAUGUACACAGGAUCGGUAGAACUGGACGAGCAGGUCAUAAAGGAAAAGCAAUCACAUUAGUCACACCCGAACAUAAAGAAUUAUUUAAUAAAGUGCUAAAUUCUGCUGGGAAGAAUAAUGUUAAAAACAUGAAAGUGAAUGUUUCCGAUUUGGAGGAAUAUGAACAAAUAUACAUAGAAGCGUUGAAGGCUCUAAAAUCUGAAACGAUGCAAAAAGAAAAAAAUGUAAGUAAGAAAAAAUGGAAGAUAAGUAAAAAAAAUAAACAAUAAAUUGCAAGUAACCUUGUUAUGAUAUAUUUAAUAAAAGCGACUUUUAUAAAA